CCAGAAACGACUCCAGCGGCACAACACCAUACUAACCCGUAGCACCUUCUUUUCGUCGCCGUCAAGAUGUCUACCGCCGCCCAGAAGACGCAAAACGACCAGAAGGCGUCCAGAUACUAUCCAGCCGACGACGAUGCACAGGCAAAGAAGUCCCGCAAGGCCAUCCGUCCAUUCAAGCCGCGCGCAUCUCUCCAGCCAGGUGCUGUCCUGAUUCUCCUCGCCGGUCGCUUCCGUGGCAAGCGUGUCGUCCUCCUCAAGGUUCUCGAUCAGGGUACCCUCCUCGUCACUGGCCCAUUCAAGCUGAACGGUGUCCCACUCCGCCGCGUCAACGCCCGCUAUGUGAUCGCAACCAAGACCAAGAUCGAUCUCUCUGGUCUCGACAAGGCAUCAGUCGACAAGGUCUCCGGCGAGAACUACUUCGCCCGCGACAAGAAGGCCGACAAGAAGGGCAGCAAGGAGGCUUUCUUCCAGCAGGGUGAGAAGCCACAGAAGAAGGAGGUCGCCGGUGAGCGCGCUGAGGACCAGAAGAAGGUGGACAAGGCGUUGCUCGCCUCUAUUAAGAAGGAGCCUUUGCUCCUCGGAUACCUUUCGACUAGCUUCAGCCUGCGAAAGGGUGACCGGCCGCAUGACAUGGUCUUCUAAAUGCAUUGCACAGCGAGAUGGGAAAGAUGGGAUUCUAUGGCGAUGGAGGUCAUUGGCGUUGCAACUCGUACUAGUUUUCUGUGUCGCAUAGACGAGGUUGUGGGCAGAAGCAUGGUCCCGCUGAAUCAUUGAACUUCGUAAAACGCAGGACAACCACAAAUGAAUGAGAAGCUAUGAC